CGCAAGAGCUCCGGCACCCAAGCAGCGAAGCUCUCCUUGACUACAUUGCUCACUCUGGCGAGCGCUGCGCUCCUGAGCUUACUGUGGCUCUAGAGAGUCAAGGUGUUGAUCAGUUUUGACGUUCUUUGACGAGAAUCGGAAACUUUGGUUCUAGAAGCAAGGAUUUGAUUAAACUAAGACACGAGCUGGAGUGUGGCCUCACGCGCCGGCAUGUGAAAACACAAUUUGGAAGGCUUGUUUAACUUAAUGAUUAUUGGUAAGCUUCGUGGAGAUUAACCGUUGUCACGAGCGAUCGCGUGGCUUUUCGUGGUGGAUUUAACGCAUAAAAUUUGUUUGUCAACGUCCCUCUCAUAUAUAGAGAGGUUAAUUCCAUGACAAGCUCUAAGAUCCAGCGAAGUACACCACUCAGUGGCUAGCUAGUUGGUGUUACUAGCAAACAAGAAAGUUUCCAUUUAGUUCCCUGUACUAUGAGAGCGUACCAGUCCAUCCAUGAUAAGGGGAAUCUUUAGCAAGAGGUGAAGAAUUGAAAGAAGGAGAAGAGGAGGAGGAGGAAGUGGAAGUGAGGAUCUUUCUUCUCUGCUCAAGGGAGCUCAUGGAGCAGCGAGACGGAGAGCUUCUAGCCGGGCAAGUCGAGGGAGAGGUAAACUCCACCACUUUCCAGAGCUUCAACCUCGAUUUCCUCAGCGCCGAGCACCAGCAAAGCCUGCUCGCGGCGAAUUUCCAGCCGUGGUCCUCGAGCAGCAGUGGAGCUGGAGCCUGUGCUGCUGCGGCCGAGGAUGAGGAUGUCAAGGGACUGCUCACUCCGCCCAGCAGUCCCUCCGGCGCGAGCAACAGUGGCGGCAGUAAGUUCCCGUCCGGCCUGGCUCAAAAGAUCGGCUACCUCCAAAUGGUUGUCAAUAUGCUGGGCAGCAACAACAGCGCGCGCGGCCAGUCGAGCAGCGGCGCUCAGCAGCAGCAAAUUGGGAAGCUCGUGGAUCAGCUCCUGGUGACGGCCAGAGGUAUGUUCUUGGAGCAGCAGCAGCAGCAGGAGCAACAUCAAAGUGCUUCCUUUGCUGCGAAUCCCUCCAGCGAUCGCUACUUUAACAUCUCUCCGGAAGAACUCGUCUACCAUCAUCAUCAUCAUCAGCAGCAGCAGCAGCAAAUUCUCCAGCAGCAGGCUUAUAACCACCAGCAGCAAAUGCCUUAUCAAGGCAUUUUUCCAAAGCCGGAGAGUAUGACUCCAGUGGAGAAUCUCUAUGCGGGUGUGGCGGCGGCUGCAAUCGUUGAUGGAGACGAAGACGAAUCUCUCCAGGAGAGCCAAGACUCGUACGAGUUGAUCGAGCUCGACGCCAUGGAGAUCCUUGCCGAGCACACACACUUCUGCGAGAUUUGUGGCAAGGGAUUCAAGCGCGAUGCCAACCUCCGCAUGCACAUGAGAGGCCACGGUGACGAGUACAAGACACCGGCGGCCCUUGCCAGGCCCAAAGGUGACGACGAACACCGCGGCGAUGGCAAGAGGAAAGUCUCCAGCCCAAAGUUUCUACCCAAGCGCUACUCCUGCCCGUAUCUGGGAUGCAAGCGCAACAGGCAGCACAAGAAGUUUGUGCCACUCAAGACGGUGCUGUGCGUCAAGAACCACUACCGACGAUCGCACUGCCCCAAGCUCCUGACUUGCACCAGAUGCCGCGUGAAACGAUUUGCGGUGCUUGCCGACCUCAAGACGCACGAGAAGCAUUGCGGGAGGGAGAAGUGGCAGUGCUCUUGCGGGACGACCUUCUCUCGGAAGGACAAGCUCCUGGGCCACAUCUCUCUCUUCGUCGGGCACAAGCCGCUGAUGAUGAUGGUUCCGCCACAGCCGCUGCAGCCGCCUCCGAUCAUCUUGCCCAGCAGCAGCAGCAGCAGCUCCUUAUCGGCUGCAGAGCUCUCGCCAGCUUCAAUCUACAGCAACAUGCAGCAGAUUCCAUACUCAUCAAGCAUGAUGGAUUCCAAGUCCCAGAUAAUGGGAACUGUUGAUGGUGUUCCUUCUUCUGUGGAGAGCUGCUGGAAUCCAAACAGCAUCUUUGGUGGUGGUGGUGGUCGGUCUAUGCUUGUCCCCGGGAGCAGCAGCAGCAAUAACAACAACAACAACAACUCUAACAACAACACCACCACAAGCAGUGAAAACUACAGCCUUGGAUACCUGAGCCUUGAUUUCUUCGACUGCAAGAAUUGACAAUGUGAGAUGGUUUGUGUGACUGGUCCACAAUAACCAAAUGGUGGACGCA